UUUCCUUGGCAGCCCCACGCUUGCCUUUGACAGAUCCUUGCUAGCUGCCGCGCACUGUAAUUCCACAGCCAUUGAAACUAAGUCGCUAGCCGGUCAUCUAAUUUAACAAGAGCCCUCUCCUCAGGGACAGUUUAGCUUCAGCAAGGCGCUCGCGCUAACUGGUGUUUGGCAGCCGACAAAUGGACGCGACAAACAUGUCUAAAGACACGGAAGGGAAGAGCGAGAAAAUUAUGGAUAUGGAGAGCAAGGUGUUGUGGUACCCGGACUCCAAGAGGAACACACAUAUGGACAAGUUUAGGAUACAGGUCAACAAGGACUACGGUCUUAAUCUGGCCAACUACAAUGACCUGUACCAGUGGUCGGUGGACAGCUACCCAGAUUUCUGGGCAGAAGUGUGGCGCUUCUGUGGAGUAGUCAGCUCCAAACCAUAUGAGGAGGUGGUGGAUGUAUCCAAACGGAUCUCAGAUGUCCCACAGUGGUUUAAAGGAGCUCGGCUGAACUACGCUGAGAACUUGCUCAAACAUGCAGACCAGGACAAAGUAGCUCUUUAUGCUGCAACGGAGGCAAACGAUGAGAUUGUGAAGGUGACGUUUGGGGAGCUGAGACGCGAUGUGUCGUUGUUUGCUGCAGCCAUGAGAAAGAUGGGCAUCCAGACUGGAGACAGGGUUGUAGGCUACCUGCCCAAUGGUAUCCAUGCAGUGGAGGCCAUGUUAGCAGCAGCCAGCAUUGGAGCCAUUUGGAGCUCCACCUCUGUCGACUUUGGAGUCAACGGUGUCCUUGACAGGUUUUCUCAAAUCCAGCCCAAGCUGAUCUUCUCUGUUGCCGCUGUGGUUUACAACGGCAAAACACAUGACCACAUGGAAAAGCUGACCAGUGUUGUCAAAGGUUUGCCUGACCUGCAGAAAAUAGUGGUGAUUCCCUACGCUCGCUCCAAACACGAGACUGACCUCUCCAAGAUCCCCAACAGUGUAUUUAUGGAUGAUUUCUUGGCAUCUGGGCGUGGUGAGGCCGACCAGUUUCCACAGCUGGAGUUUGAGCAGCUUCCAUUCAGUCAUCCUCUGUUCAUCAUGUACUCUUCUGGCACCACAGGAGCUCCUAAAUGUAUGGUCCACUCUGCUGGGGGCACGCUCAUCCAACACUUGAAAGAACACAUUCUCCAUGGCAAUAUGACCAGCAGUGAUGUCAUCAUUUACUACACCACGACCGGCUGGAUGAUGUGGAACUGGCUGGUGUCUGCUCUGGCAGUGGGAGCCUCAGUGGUUUUAUAUGACGGUUCACCACUAAUGCCCACACCCAGUGUACUGUGGAACCUGACAGACCAGCUGGGCAUUACUAUCUUUGGUACCGGGGCCAAGUGGCUGUCUGUGCUGCAGGAGAGGAACCUGAAACCCGCGGAAACUCACAACCUCCAGUCUCUCCACACCAUCCUGUCUACUGGAUCUCCUCUCAAACCUCUGAGCUACGACUACGUCUACCGCUGCAUCAAGAGUAACGUGCUGCUGGGCUCCAUCUCAGGCGGCACUGACAUAGUGUCAUGUUUCAUGGGUCAGAACCCAACAGUUCCAGUGUACCGGGGCGAGAUCCAAACAAGAAACCUCGGCAUUGCUGUGGAAGCUUGGGGCCUUGACGGUAAACCCGUAUGGGGAGAGAGUGGGGAGCUAGUCUGCUUGAAACCAAUCCCCUGCCAGCCAACACAUUUCUGGAAUGAUGAGAAUGGGAUCAAAUACCACAAAGCUUACUUUUCUACAUAUCCUGGGGUAUGGGCCCACGGAGACUAUUGUAAAAUCAACCCAAAGACAGGAGGCAUUGUCAUGCUGGGCAGAAGUGACGGUACAUUGAACCCCAACGGAGUCCGAUUUGGCAGCUCAGAGAUCUACAACAUUGUGGAGGCGUUCGAGGAAGUCACAGACAGUCUUUGCGUUCCUCAGUACAAUGCCGACGGAGAAGAGCGAGUUAUUUUGUUCUUAAAGAUGGCACCUGGUAGGCCCUUCUGUCCGGAGUUGGUGUCAAAGAUUAAAGGAGCCAUUAGAAAAGCUCUGUCUGCCCGACACGUCCCUGCUCUGCUGCUGCAGACUAGAGACAUUCCUUACACCAUCAGCGGGAAGAAGGUGGAGGUGGCUGUGAAACAGGUGAUUGCUGGCCGGGAGGUGGCACAAAGAGGAGCUUUCUCCAACCCUGAUUCGCUGGACCUCUACAAGAACAUUCCUGAACUGCAAAACUAUUAGAGAUGAGGCUUCACUGAGCUGGAAAGAGGACCUGCAAAAGAGAACCACCUGACAAAAAUUCAGCUUAGUUUUUAAAUUGACUUUAUUCAAAUGUACAGGGAACAGGGAGAUAUGCAAAGCGCAUUGCAGGGGUAGUUUCCAAAGGCCACCUUGAGCUUUAUACAGGGCAUAUAAAAAGGAAAAACAAAAGUGUGUGUCAAAAUAAUAAAAAAAUGGUACAAAAAAUAUAUGUAACUAUAAUAAUGUGUAUGGUAUCAGGCAGUUGAGAGACUUUCAAAAACAUAAGUUGUACUGCGCCAUUGUCUAGCUUUCAAUCAAAUGAUCAAGCAGCUGCUCUUGGUUUACCAUGUUGUGCAAGUAAAUGUUGGAUACUGGAUUCAGCUUUGGAUAAUAUAUGAUGUGCACAGCAGCACUUGUGAAUACGCUCAUGCUCUGAAGUCACCAGCAAUGGAGAAUUUUGCAUCAAGUGCUUCACAUUCUGAUUGCAAUCAGCCAGUAAAGAACCACAUCUCUCUGUGUCCCCUGCUGUAUGUCCAGCGUUGGUUCGGAGUCGGUCCCAGACUGAAAAUCCAAGGAAGAACACCUGGGAUUAACACCUCAGCUUUUGCUCAUAUCACCAUAGCAUUGUUAUGUGGUGUGUAUUGCUUUAUCAAAUGUACAUAAAUGAUUUUUUUUUUUUUUUUGGGACUGUGAAAUUAUGUUAACAUUAUAAUUAUGCAUUUAAAUAUAGUGACCCAAACAUAUUAACCAAAGUGAGUCUCAGAUUUAGAGGGUUGUAACAUGUCAGGAGUUGUAGUUUGAAUAAAUGAAACAGGAGAUUCCAGAUAAACUUACUGAACCUUUCCCAACCUAAAAGUUAUUGAUCUCUUGUGUAUUACAUGCUUAACUCUCCUAACAAUUAUUUGACUUUGUAACCAUUGAAUCUGUUUCAUACCGCCCAGGACAUCAAGGCAUGAAUUGAUGAAGUUCUCCGUAUGUUUUUUUUCAGUCACAUUAGCCCUCAUUUAUUAAGCUAUUGUACAAACAACUCUAAAGAGCAAAGGAUCAUUCCGCUACAAAAGCCUAUAUUCAUUAAUUUCAUAUCUAUGUUGAAAAGAAUGUUGUAAGAGAAAUGUGCUCUCUUCAAAAUAGCUACAGUACAGCCGAUUUUUACUUUGUACAUGGGAAAGCUAAAUGAUCUACUCCAAAUUCCGUCAAGCUGUGUGACAAACCCUAAAAGCUCACUACUGAGCAACAUGGGUGUAUAUAAAUGUCAGAAGCAUUUGAUCUUUGGAGAAAAAUGAAGCAUUUUAUACUCAUGCAGUGGUAGCAUUUUUCUUACUGGACUGGUUUUUCUUGUUUGGCUUUUGAUUCAGUCUUUGUCACUUGUUUCCAGAUUAUUUUAAACAUGUUUAAAUGUAUAAUGUUGACAAAUCAACUGGAAAAUUCUGUGGUUCAUCUUUAAUGUCAUAUUCACUGCUUAGAUUGAAUCAAUUUCCUAUUUAAAGGUACCCUGUGGAGGUUUUGACACCUUGCAGCACUCAGGCGAUAUUUUGAUGAGUGGGUCCACAUUUUGUUUGUAUCUUGUGAAUGCAGGUGACGGGAUAAAUAUUCCUUCCAAGGGUGUCGUACUAUUCCACAGAUUGACAGGUGGCAGUAAUGUUUGAAGAAAAGUAGCUAUGCACCAGUCAAAUGCAGGGGCGAAGAAAACAGCAAGCCAGCGAACAUGGAUGUAAACAAUGCAGGUUUCAAGUAAAUAUAUGAAUGAGCAGUAUAAUAAUGUUGGAAGUUGACAGAGCCAUGAACUUGAGACCUGGUUCGAGUCCAGUUCCUUGGUGUAAAAAGUCUCAAUAAUUUGGUGUUUUAGGAUUUUAUUUAUUCCUACCUUCAGUCAUUCAAAACAUGAGAGAAUGCUUUGUUGGCAUCCUGUCAGUGUGCAGAGGACAUAGGAGGGCUGCAGAAAGUAGGAGUGUGGGUUGAAUGUAGGAAUGUUGUCAAAUGAAAAGCUGUGAAAAGUGUUUACCAAAUUCACAAAUAAUAACCAUCUGAUGAGCAUGAAUGGUAAGUGUCAUGCAGUCCCCCAGAGAGGCUGUAUGUUGUAUGAUUCAUCCCAGUAGUCUUAUAACAGAACACAUCACAAACUAGAAAAUGACUUUGUUAACGGCUUGAUUGGACACUCCGUACUUACAAGGGUUGACGGUAAAUUCAUUCUCGGUGCAAUCAAUUUCAAAUGUAAAUUGAAACUGUAGAGACUAAAGAUAGACUGUUUAUUCUCAGUUAUAUUACAAACAGACAUGUGGUGCUUAAGUAAAUGUGUUUUCUUCCAUACUGAGGACAAUUAAAUGUGUAAACUGA